AUGCAAAAGAACAAGAAGGGGUUCAUGUAUAUCAACUAUAACUGCUCUGCUACGUCAAUUACCACUGGUGGAUCAGCAGGUACGGUUGCAGCAACGAAUAUUGCUAGCAUCAACAGUAAUAUGAACUUCGGCAACACUUGCCCAAUUCUAUGGAAUGCCGAUGUUAAUGGUACUGCAACUUCGGGAAGUGGUAUUGCUCCAUCGCAGACAUUCUCUCGUCAGCUUGCUCCAACAUAUAGCCCAAAUCAAUCAGCUGACAACGUUCUCAUCCAAAAGAAGACGUUCCGUUACAUUGAACGUGUAACCAACAAGUUUACUGUUCAAGCCGGUCAGUCAUUUAGAUGGACUCUGACGAAUGGUAUUGCCAAUCCAAAGAAAUUGAUUAUGCAACCUGUUAUUACAAACUAA